CCUCAAAUUGUGUCACACCAGAACCGCUCCGUCUUUCUUCCACUCCGGACGGUCAGAGGAAGAGUCACGAUGAGCGGUCGAGUUCUGGUCGGAGUUAAGCGGGUCAUUGAUUAUGCUGUCAAGAUCCGAGUCAAGCCGGACCGCACUGGAGUGGUCACAGACGGCGUCAAGCAUUCGAUGAACCCCUUCUGUGAGAUCGCGGUGGAGGAAGCCGUCAAACUGAAGGAGAAGAAGCUUGUUAAGGAGGUGGUGGCCGUCAGCUGUGGUCCUCAGCAGGUUCAGGAGACGAUCCGGACGGCUCUGGCCAUGGGUGCGGACCGUGGCAUACACGUGGAAGUCUCCGGAAAAGACUACGAGACGCUCGGUCCCCUGCAGGUCUCCAAGAUUUUCGCUGCUCUCGCCAAGAAAGAGCAAGCCGAUCUGAUCAUUCUGGGUAAACAGGCCAUUGAUGAUGACUGCAAUCAAACUGGACAGAUGACAGCAGCGCUGUUGGACUGGCCGCAGGGAACCUUUGCAUCUGAGGUGAGCUUCGAAGCAGACAAGCUGAAGGUGGUGAGAGAAAUUGAUGGUGGAUUGGAGACCAUUAAGAUCAAUUUGCCAGCCGUGGUGACCGCUGACCUCCGUCUCAACACUCCCAGAUACGCCACGCUGCCCAACAUCAUGAAAGCAAAGAAAAAGAAGAUUGCGAAUGUGAAGCCUGCAGAUCUGGGAGUGGAUGUGUGCUCACGGCUGGAGGUGCUGAAGGUGGAUGAACCUCCUCAGAGACAAGCUGGAGUCAAAGUGGAGACGGUCGAGGAUCUGGUGGGAAAACUGAAGGAAGCUGGAAGAGUAUAGAGGAAGUAGAUGCAGGAGGGGCGGUGCAGACUAACACUGAAGGUCACUGGUGAUGGAGCAAACUUUAAAGCCAGUAAAAGUCCAGACCAGACCCAUGUAGUUCAUGUAGUACCUGCUCCUGUGUGUUUCUGACUCUUAUGUUCAUGUGGAUGCUGAGAGACACUAGUCCAUCCCAGCGAGGCCUUGCCACUUUUUCAGUGCAUUUUAAGACGAAGUACAUCAAUAUUGUAGGGGACACUUCUGAAUGCACCAAUAAGCCAUUAAGUUUGUUUCAUUGAUCCAUUCACUCAAAAUCAUAACAGACCUUUUCUGUGCUUCCUGUCAAUUAUUGUGUAAUUAAAAACGUGAUUUCAAGUGUACUUCAGUUAUGUUGAUUAAAGAUGAUCAUCAUUUUGAAUAGGCCAGUGUCUCACAGCAUAUCGAGAGAGUAAAUCACAUUACCACAAGCACCUCUGAAAGAGUCCUGAUUGUACAGUAUCAUUUGAUGACAAUAAAAAGGCAUCUUUUUCAUAUGCA